AUGUUCGUGGUCGAUACCCUCAGUCUACUUUUCGUCGAGGACCCAACAUGUCAAGCGCUGUGGUUGGGACUGAUCCCUAUGGUUUUAGGUGCUGGGGUUAUCGCAUGGACCGUGGGGCGGUACUAUGUUGACCCAAAAAACCUUCGAAGAUUCCCAGCGCCAUCUGUUGCGGCAUUUACACCUCUAUGGAGCAUGUGGCAGUCCUGGAAGUGUGUCCAAACCAAGGCAAUUCAUGACGCACAUGAAAAGCUGGGACCAGUGGUCCGAGUUGCCCCAAACCACAUAUCUUUCACCGAUCCUGCGGCAUACAAGGACAUAUACGGCCAUGGAGCACCUAUUGUCAAGGCUGAAUUCUAUUCUCACAUCGCUGAUGGGAACCCAUCCAUGUCCCAGGCCACGGAUAAGGCAGUCCAUGCAGCCAAGCGACGUAGUCUGGCCCAUGUCUUCUCGGCUAAGGAGAUCACUGCUAUGGAGCCUCGGGUCAUGGAAUGCGUUGGAAGGUUGUUGUCUGCUCUGGAAAUCAAAGCUGCCGGAGGUAAUAUUGGACCUGAUGAUAGCUACCCGGUUUCUGAUGGAGCCUUCGAUGUUCGCCCUUGGCUCAACAUGUUGUCAUACGAUGCGAUCACUAGCAUGUUCUUCACGAGAGACUAUGGAUUUCUCACAGUGGGAAACGACCUCUGUCCGUCCGCAGACAAGAUGGGCCGUGAGAAAACCGUCAACGCUAUGGAUACUUUUCACUCUGCUAGUCGGUUCAACAGUACACUAGCUCAGCUGCCUCUACCGCUUUACAAGCUUGGCCGUAAGCUUCUCUGGUUCGUCCAUGGUAAUGACUCGGGUAGCAACUUCGAGGGAAUGUCUCGCGCCAUGGUCAACUAUCGUCUGAAGCACGAGCCUGACGGGUAUGACCUGUUCUCUCGCCUUCCCACUGCACCCACUGAGAAACGGCCAGUGCCGAUGCCGGUAGACGAGAUUGUAGCUGAAUGCGCGACCAUGCUUGAUGCUGGAAACGACACUACGCAGACUACUUUGACCAACUGCAUCUACCAUCUUGCGGCGAAUCCUGAGAAACAGCAAAAGCUCUAUGCAGCCCUCUCCACAGUGUAUACCGCCGAUAUUGCUGGUGAGCCGAGAAAAAUGAAGGUUCUCUCGACCACGGCCCUGCAGCAGGUUCCCUACCUCCGCGCUGUGCUCGAAGAGAACUGGCGGUGUCGCCCGCCAGUCGCUCGGGGUCUUCCUCGACAAGUCACGGGUGCCGGAGCCACGAUCGCCGGCCACUUCAUCCCCGGAGGAGUGACCGUCUCGGCCUCUAUUUAUACCUUGCACCGCAACAAGUCGCUCUUCCGAAAACCGCUCGAGUUCAUCCCUGAGCGCUGGAUGCCGGAGGAAGAAGAGUCUGGUGCUUGGGAUGAGACGGAGUCGAAGAAUCUCAAGGAUUACUGUAUUCCGUUCAGCAUGGGGCCCAGGGCUUGCAUUGGCAGGAAUCUUGCAUAUAUGGAAGUAUCUCUUGUGAUGGCAGCCCUGGUUCUCAACUUUGAGUGGGAGCUGGCCCAGGAGGGAUGCGACAUGCUGAUGUUGGAACGAUUUAAUUUCAACCCCAAGGAAUUGAUAGUCAAAGCCAAAGCUAGAACGCAAUAG